AUGUAUCCGAAGGAUCGGAACCUAUUAUGGGUCCUGCUAGUGACAGCAGGACACCUAUGGAUGGUGCGCGUCUGCAAAGCCUCCGAGCAUGUGGCCGGGCCGAUCGGCCGCAAGUUGAACCACGGACUAGGCGUCAUGCAUCACAACCAUCUCAUGCUGCACUCAGAUGGGUUGGGUGAGAGCGUAAAAUUCAGUGCCAACAGCGUUCCGCACGUGCCGUACUCAGGUCCAGCAGCCUGGCGUAUCUCGGCUACUGUCAGCACACCGCUGGCCAGCAGCUGGAAAGUACGGAAACCGCUCGCAAAACCUGCGCGUGGUACUGCUGGAGGUAGUCGGAGCCGCAUCAACAAUCGGUCAAUGACUCGCUUUUCUGAGGUCGAAAUUCCACCCGGAUUGGAGCAGCAACUUGACGCGCCGGAUCUGCAGAGGGUGCCGGAGACUGGCACAGCAGAAGAAACCGGGCUGGUGGAGCUGUACCGUAGUGCAGAAAGAUCGCGCGGGAUCGAGAACCUCUUCUGGAAGUACUUUGUCGAUAAUGAUGUUUCCGCCUCCGUUGAAGACGACGACACGGAUGAUGAGAGCGGCGGUAUCGGUGGAAUCGACAAGAACGCCUUGCAAACGGACGGUCAGGAAGGCGAUGAAUUGGAAAAGGGGGAGGAAGGGCGCAAGAAAAAGUUCCACCUGAAGAAGAAGUACAAAAAGUUUCUAAUACCGCUACUGUUGGCGUACAAGAUAAAGUUCCUUGCAUUGGUUCCGGCCAUCAUCGGUGGACUGAUACUGUUGGUGAAGUCAGCCGGGCUGGCUGGAUUCUUCUUCGCGCUCUUCACGGCCGUGGUCAGCUUGAAGAAGUACUAA